UAUUAAAUCCCUCAGUUGAUAAUUGUGUUUGUUAGUAAUAGUAAUAACACAUAGAGACCGCGACAGCAAAAGUUUUUUUCUCGCUCGGUAAAUUCGAUUAAUAAAUUGGCGCGAAAUUUUUCCAUGUGUUCAGUGUACACAAGUAGAGAAACAUAACCUUGAAAUGUUAAAAAUAAAUGCAUAACAUUAAAAAAUUGUAAUAUAAUAUAUAUUUUUUAUUUAAAAUUAAAUAAUUAAAUAUAAUUUAGAUCAUUAUUCAUUUAUUAAGAUAAUGGAUGAUAUUAGUAAAUUGAAAAGAGCUCUUUUUGUUUUAAAAAAGAGUAUUAUUGAGUGUCCCAUUGGUGCAGUAUCUCCGGAUGAUUAUAAACCAAUUGAAGAAAAAAUAAGAGAUCUAAGAGUAUCACUAUCAUGUUUAAAUUCUAGAAUACGAAGGCUUCAAGCUCAAACUUCUUUACAUUCAGUUCCAAAUCCUCCGGAAGAAAAGAGGCCUGAACUCCUAAAUCAAUACCAAAAUCAAUUAUCAUCUUGUGUCAUUAACAAUCAUAUGAUGAGUGCAAUACAUCACUCAAAUACAGUACAAGAAAUAUUUGAUAAUGAUAAGAUAGACCCUGAUAUACAAAGAAAAACAAAAGUAGCUAUGACUAAACUAUUCAAUUUGAAUGAUGUAGCUUUAUCAAUCCAUCACGAAUUGAAUGAAAUAUGUUUAAGUAAAGAAUUGGAGCUGAAAGACAAAUGGGCGCAAACGAUUACUGAAUUUUCAGAAUUUCUUCAUCAACAAGAAAAAAUACGUCAUGAGAAAUUGGCUAAAUCAAAUCCAGAAGCUGUAGCAAAAAAAGAAAAAAUACUGAAAUUAAUACAGAAAAUCAAUACAAUGAAAAGGUUGAUAACUAAUUUUAUAAGUACAUCUAGCAAAACAAUUAAAGAUAACCCAGAGUUUAUAGAGUUAUUAAAAAAACAUAGAGAUCUGAUAAGUCUAGAAACAAUUAUAAUAAUGUCUCAAAAUAAAUGUUAAAGUUAUUUACAUCUGUAAUUGUAAAAUAAAUAUAU